CGCGUAGCCGCCGACUACUCUACACCAUCACCGCCAUAAGCGAGGUUUAACAUAUAAAAUUGAAACUUAACCUUACACUUUUGUCAAAUAUUCAAUUCAAUUUCACGGAAAUCACAAGUCAGACAUGGAGAACGGAGAUAUUCCCGAGAACGCCAAUGAACAUUGCCCAGGUCCUCAAUCGGAAAGUGCUGGAAAGUCAGAUUCUUGUGCAGGUUGCCCUAAUCAGGAAGCAUGCGCAACUGCUCCCAAAGGACCUGACCCAGAUUUGGUUGCCAUAGCAGAGCGGAUGAGCACUGUUAAGCACAAGAUUCUCGUUUUGUCUGGUAAAGGUGGGGUUGGCAAGAGCACUUUCUCUGCUCAGCUCUCAUUUGCUCUCGCUGGAAUGGACCAUCAAGUAGGCCUUAUGGACAUAGAUAUCUGCGGUCCAAGCAUGCCUAAAAUGCUAGGCCUUGAAGGGCACGAGAUUCACCAGAGCAACCUCGGAUGGUCCCCUGUCUAUGUGGAAGAGAACCUUGGUGUCAUGUCCAUUGGUUUCAUGCUCCCAAACUCCGACGAAGCUGUGGUCUGGAGAGGUCCCCGCAAGAACGCUCUCAUUAAACAGUUCUUGAAAGACGUCUACUGGAGAGACAUCGAUUACCUCGUGGUUGAUGCCCCACCGGGAACUUCGGACGAGCACAUCUCCAUCGUCCAGUACCUUCAAGCCACUGGGAUCGACGGUGCGAUCAUCGUCACCACCCCACAGGAAGUCUCCUUGAUCGAUGUCAGGAAAGAGGUGAGCUUUUGCAAGAAAGUGGGAGUCCCGGUGUUAGGAGUGGUGGAGAACAUGAGCGGUUUGUCUCAGCCGUUGGCGGAUGUCAAGUUCAUGGAGAUUGGUUCUUCCGUUGACGUGACGCAAAAGGUAAUCUCUUGCUUGAGAGAGAACGCACCAGAGCUUCUCAACGUCUUGGCUUGCAGCGAAGUGUUUGACAGCAGUGGAGGCGGUGCAGAGAGGAUGUGCAGGGAAAUGGGAGUGCCGUUUCUUGGGAAAGUUCCAUUGGAUCCACAGCUUUGCAAAGCAGCAGAGCAAGGUAAGUCGUGCUUUGAGGGGAACAACAAGUGUUCUGUUAGCGCACCUGCGCUGAAGAGCAUCAUACAGAAAGUCCUUGCUUCGAUGACCGAGUGAAGUUUAAGACUCCCACUAAACAGAUCCUUUGGUUGGAUCUGUAGAUAGACAAUGGACUUUGCUGUGAAGGUGUUGUGUAGGCUUCACAUGUGUAAUAAGAUUUUUAUUAUGAGAGUGGACCAUUAAAUCUUGUCGACUAUAAUAUUUACUCUCGUUGAAUUUCAUUAGAGUAUUUGGCUA